AUGGGCUCCAGGCUCCUGUGCUGUGUGGCCCUCUGCUUCCUGGGAGCAGGUUCCCUGGACACAGCAGUUUUCCAGACUCCAAAAUACCUCAUUGCAUGGGUAGGGGACAAGAAGUCCCUAAAUUGUGAACAAAAGCUGAACCAUGAUGCUAUGUACUGGUAUAAGCAGGACUCCAAGAAAUUGCUGAAGGUUAUGUUUUCCUACAAUAAUAAGGCGCUAAUUCUAAAUGAGACAGUUCCAAGUCGUUUCUUACCUAAAUCUUCCGACAAAGCUCAUUUGAAACUUCAGAUCAGCUCCUUGGAGCCAGGUGACUCUGCCGUGUAUUUCUGUGCUAGCAGCCAAGACACAGCCCUGCAAAGUCACUGCCUCCCUGUGCACAAACCUGCUGGCCUGGCCAGGAAGCUGUGGGAACAACAUGUUCACCCAACACAUCCUGCUGGGAGACCCCUGCCUGGAGUUUCAUCUGUAGUAUAG